CUACUGUGUUCUACAUUCUCUACGAGACAUCUACAGCACCGUAGAGCAAGCAUUUAAUUAAAUUUUAUUGUAUAUUGUAUUACUUUUUGAUAUUGGUACUGUAAUUGGCAAUAUGGUUGUGAGGCCUUAUAACGAAGAAUUGAAAUAUCUCGAGAAGAUAAGCGAAUGCUGCUGGAGGAUAAAAAAAGAAUUUCAGCCCAAUAUGAAAGUGGAAGGGUGUUUCUAUGUAAACAGCCGGUUAGAACGGCUCAUGUUAGAAGAGCUUAAAAAUUCAUGUAGACCGGGAGCAGUUGGUGGUUUCUUGCCAGGAGUAAAGCAAAUAGCUAAUGUGGCUGCUUUGCCAGGCAUUGUUGGACGAUCUAUUGGGCUCCCGGAUAUUCAUUCUGGUUAUGGAUUUGCUAUUGGAAAUAUGGCCGCAUUUGAUAUGCACGAUCCCACAUCAAUUGUAAGUCCAGGAGGAGUUGGUUUUGAUAUCAAUUGCGGUGUACGUUUACUGCGUACAAAUCUCUUUGAAAAAGAUGUUCAACCUGUUAAAGAACAAUUGGCGCAAUCUCUCUUUGACCACAUUCCAGUUGGAGUUGGUUCUAAAGGUAUCAUCCCAAUGAAUGCCCAUGACAUGGAAGAGGCUCUUGAAAUGGGCAUGGAUUGGUCUCUUCGUGAAGGAUAUGUGUGGGCUGAAGACAAAGAGCACUGUGAAGAAUAUGGUCGUAUGUUAAACGCGGAUCCCUCAAAAGUAAGUUUGCGUGCAAAAAAGCGAGGUCUUCCGCAAUUGGGAACAUUAGGAGCAGGUAAUCAUUAUGCUGAAAUUCAAAUUGUUGAUGAAAUUUAUGAUAAAUGGAGCGCUAGUAAAAUGGGAAUUGAAGAAAAAGGUCAAGUAUGUGUUAUGAUACAUUCUGGCAGUCGAGGAUUUGGACAUCAAGUUGCUACUGACGCUUUGGUUCAAAUGGAGAAAGCCAUGAAACGAGAUCAUAUUGAAACAAAUGACAGGCAAUUAGCAUGUGCUCGCAUAAACUCACAAGAAGGCCAGGAUUAUCUGAAAGCCAUGGCAGCUGCCGCAAAUUUUGCUUGGGUUAAUCGAAGCUCGAUGACUUUUCUCACGCGGCAAUCUUUCGCCAAAAUGUUCAACACAACUCCUGAUGAUCUUGAUAUGCACGUGAUUUAUGAUGUGUCUCAUAACAUUGCAAAAGUAGAAAAUCACAUCGUCAACGGCAAGGAAAAACAAUUGUUGGUGCAUAGAAAGGGAUCAACACGGGCUUUUCCACCACAUCAUCCUCUUAUACCAGUGGACUAUCAAUUGACUGGCCAACCUGUUUUGGUAGGCGGUACAAUGGGAACAUGCAGUUACGUGCUAACUGGAACCGAAAAAGGGAUGCAUGAAACUUUUGGCUCUACAUGUCAUGGAGCGGGGCGCGCUUUAUCACGUGCUAAGUCACGACGAAACUUAGAUUACAAGGAUGUUCUUGAAAAAUUGGACGAAAUGGGUAUUGCUAUACGUGUGGCAUCACCCAAACUUGUAAUGGAGGAAGCACCAGAAUCUUACAAGGAUGUUACUGAUGUCGUUGAUACUUGUCACAUGGCAGGAAUUAGCAAAAAAUGUAUAAAAUUACGUCCAAUUGCAGUAAUUAAAGGGUGAAUAUUCAAAGUAAAUUUGCCUGUGAGAACUUCACGUGUGUUUAGACAUACAUAUAUGUAUGUACUGUUUUAGCAAAUACUAAAAAUUUAUUGAUUUUGUUAAAAUUGAUUCGAAAUUUAUCGGAAUUUGUAAUACUAGAAUUUCAAACCAAUAAUGUCAGCAUAUACCAAUUAGAGAAUUUUGGUUAAACAAUGCAUUUAUAAUUGUGCGAGAAUUUAUAGCUGCUGUUUGACAGCAGAAUGCCAAAUUGCAACCAAUUGGUUUUUCUGUUGUUACUUUGUGCAUAUUAUCCUAUGCAUUAUUAUAGUAAGUAGAAAUGUCAAAAUCAGGAACUCCUCAAGAGAAUUUUGGGAAAUUUCUUAGUUUAAAUACAUUGAAUACCUCUGAAGAAAAUAUG